AUGCGCACGAAUGCCAGUGUUGUCCCUUCCCAGACGCGCGCCGUAGUCCUUUCCUCACCCCCGCGACCGCGACAGUCCACCUCGGAGCAGAUAAAGCCACCUGGCGGCGCGGAUGACGAACAAGCUCCGAGUUCUUCUUACCAAGAGCAAAAAAGAAGAGGUUCCAACCGCCGAGCGGUCUACUCGCCCGGCUCACGAACGAGGGGAACUGCACUGCCGGAAGGCGAGGCGGGACCACCUUCCGGCAAGAUGGCGAGCAGCUCGACAUCGACUCGCGCUCAAAACCAAUUCUCCAGCCCGUCGCCCCCCGUGGGCGGAGGUGGAAGUGGACCCACGACCGCCGGGUCGUCCACUGCGGGCGGCGCGACGUCCUCGUCCUCCUUGUCGAAGCAAAAGUGGGAUAAGAUGAUCUCCCGGGGCCUCACCCGCCAGUUCCUGCAGGACAACAAAGAGACCUUCCUCCGCCGGGUCCGGCGCGGCAUUCCCCCAGAAUACCGCUGGACGGUGUGGCGUGCGGUGAUAAACGACGGCGACACGAUCUUUGGCGGUUCACCAGGGAAUGGUAAUUCACCUAAGAAUUCCACCUCUGUAGGAGCUGUUGACCCGGAUAGGGAUGGUGCUGCGAUGAACAAUACUGGAGGAACCUCAACAAACCACAGAGCAAGCAAUGGAACAACAUCUUCAAACAAGACCAAUUUUUCUACCGGACUGAACAAGAGCGGAACCACUACCACCACCACGCCUAGUUCCGCGAGUAGUUCGAUAUCCAAGAAAAAAACUGUGUUAGUGUAACUAUCUUUGGCUGGCAGCAUCACAAAUUUGCUCUACAUGACAGAGAAAAUCUGUCAUGCGUGGCUUGUAGGGAAAACACACAUGAAAAGAGGACUUCAUGGCUGUCUGGCAUGACAGGCGUAACUCUGUUGCAUGUUCUGCAUUACAGAGUUACACUUACACAGUUUUUUUCUUGCAUACUCGAUGCAGUCCGUGCAGUGCCGGUCCAGUACGUACCAAAAUCUGGUUGCGAAGGACAAUAUAUCCUGUGCAAAAGUAUCGCACUCGUAUAAAUGCAAGUCUUGCAUUACAAAUCUUUUUAUUAAGGCGAAUCCGCAUUACAAAUUCCAUUUCUCAUGCUAAGAAAAUUUGUAUUGCAAUUUAUACUAGUACGAUACUUUUGCAAUGCAUACAAUAAGUGGAUUAGUCUGAUCAAGAUCGACAUCUCGCGAACGUUCCCAGAAACCACAGCGUUCGACGAUAGCCACCAGAAUAAGCUGCUGCGAAUACUCUCCGCGUACAGCAACUUCAACCUGGAUGUGGGGUACUGUCAGGGCAUGAACUUCAUCGCGGGUCUGCUACUUUUAGUGUCCGGGUCCCACGAGGAGGAAACCUUCUGGAUGUUCGUUUCGCUCAUGGAACUACGGGGCUUGAAGGGCUUCUACAAGGACAAGUUUCCCAUGCUCAGGUAUGAUUUUAUGCCUAUACAAGGCAGAUAAAAUAAAGUUUGAGCUGCACCACCAAUCAAUUAUCUGAAUCUAUGGGAUUAGUUCGAACUGCACCUUAUCUGUCAGAUUCGAUUUUCGUCAGAACAAUUCGGUGUGUACGUGCUCAUGUGUUGACCAGCAUGUAGUUGUUAUAUGAAUCCUAUGCCAUAUCGAUGAAAAACAGGGUCUACCUGAAGGCUUUUGACCGGCUGCUCGAGGAGGAGCUUCCGGAGCUGCGCAAGCACUUUCGCCAAGAGGGCGUUCAGCCUGCGGUCUACCUGCACCAGUGGUUUCUGACCCUGUACAUCAACUGCCUUCCCCUCCAGACCGUGCUGGUGAUCUGGGACGUGGUGGUCUGCGAGGGCCUGCAUGUGUUGCUCUCCAUAACGCUCAGCCUGUUGAAGGUGCUGCAAUCCGUCCUGUUGAAAUUGGAGUUCGAGGACAUCGUGAAAUUUUUCAAGACCAUGAAGACCGGCGACGAGGUAUCCUGAGUAAAAACGUACCCACACCAGAGUCAGGAUGGGGAAUCUGCUAGACAAAUCCACAAGUUUUGGCUGUUUUGCAUGACAAAUCUGGAUUCGUAGUGUAGUGCUGUUUGAGCUAGCUCAGCAGCAUCACAGAUCUAGCAUACCAUGCUGAUUGGAGCAUGACAAAUUGCAAAAGACGACUAGAAAAUGCUUCUCAUGGGGCUCCGCAUGAGAAACAUUCUCAGCAUGCAGAUUUGCAUUACAACUCUGGCGUGGGUACGUUUUUACUCAGGAUACGAGGACUGCGACGCAACCAUGAUCGGGCAGCUGCUCAUCCGGCAGUCGGCCAGGAUUAUGAAAUGUAAAAAUGUCUGGGUCUGGAAGAGUGCGAGGUUUGUCAUGCACGUUUUGCAUGAGCCAUGAUGUCUGUGAUGCACACCCUAGCAAUAGAGAUCUUGUGAAGGCUUCUUGAUGCCUAUUCCGCAUGACAAGUGCCUUCUCAGCGUAGCAAAAAUUGCAUUCCCUUUGGUACUCAUGCAAUACAGAUUUUUUUGGAAUCCAAAUGCAGCAUCACAAGUUGCAUUCUUCCAGACCCAGACAUUUUUACACUUGAUAAGGAUCGAGCUCUCGCAAAAGGUGCUCACGAUCAUCAAUCAGGAAAGCAGCGGGAACGACAACUUCACGGACUUCGACGAUUUUUUCGGCGGCGGGAACGAAGCGAGUGGUGCGCCGGCAGGGAACGAGACCGGUAUAGAAAUUAUACAAGGAUCAUGUCGGUCUCGUCGUUGAGUUUUAGUUUUUAACUCGUCAAUCUAUCAAAACCCGUUUCUGUCAAAGCGACCUCACUUGGCAUGUAAAACAGGCGACGCCGAGCUCUCAUGGUUCGAAAAAAUGGGGAAAGAUCUAGCCACAUUCUUCGAGCAGCCGUCUGAGCAGAAGCCCGCCGCUACUUCUGGUACCGCGACAGCAUCGGGGCCGCCAUGACAGAAGUUCUGAGCGCGACAAUUAAACCUGCUCUCCCGCUUUUUUCGUCAUCUUUCAAGAACAUCUUGAAUGAUGAGCUUGUUCUUGGUUCUUGAUCUGCCCGCGGUUCGUUCGUUCAUGGCAGGAGCUUUCAAAGAACCAAGAACACUGCGACAAACGGCCCUCUCAAAAAGCGACACAGCAUACACCUAGCAAAAAGUAC